GUACGUCAAGUGCUUGAGUGUGUGAGUCUGCUGGUGUUGUUCAAGGAACCUCUCCGACAAGUGUUCUACUCUCAAGCCGACGGCACAAGACCGUCAUUUGGACCAACCCGCAGACUCUGCGCAGCCCCCGAGCGAUCCCUCGCGCCGCACGCCGCGCGAUGCCCGCCACUCUGCUGAUGAGCGGACUCAGCUGGGGCAAGAGCCCUGCGCAUGGCGAGGCUGGCGCCAAGCCUGGCAGCCCGGGCGCCGCCGAGGACGCCGCCGAUGAGGCCAAGAUUGGAUGCUGCCUCUUCUGGAUGGCGGGUAGCAGCCUCCACAGGACCAACAUGGAGGCCCUGGCCGCGCUGCAUACCGAGCUGGCGGAGUGCGUGGGCCUCCUGGGCGCAGAGAUCCUCGAGGCCAACGCGACCUCCGGCCUCAUCCUGUGCACGCCGGCCUCCGGCCUGCUCCGCUUCCAGGAGCACAUGAGCGCCGAGGACGCGGCCGUGCGGCUGGGCCAGCUCCUCUGCCGCUGGGCCGGGCAGGGCGCGCAGGCCGCGCUGCGCCUGCGCGUCGCCGUGCACACCGGCGAGGUGAGGCAACUCGAGCUGCCGGGCAGCGGGCGCCGGGCGUUUUUUGGCCCUGCCGUGGAGGCGUGCAAGAAUUUGGUGCUCGCGGCGGAGCAGGAGGCGACCGUGCACCUCUCGGGCGAGGCCAAGGGCAGGUUGCGCGUCAUGAGCGGCGAGCGCAUGCGCCUCUCUCGGAAGGGCGGGUCCUACUACCUCGAGGGCGGCGCCGAGGCGCACCUCGCCAGCGCGAAGGCGGCGACCGGGCAGUCGCUGGCAGAGUUCGUGGCCGAGGGCUUCACGGCCAGGCCCGGGAACGCCCGCGAGGCCGUGUGGGCUGUGGACGAUUCCGAGAGCAGCGUCCUGGAAAUGUCCUUCGCAGAGUUCAAGCAGCACCUGCAGGAUCACAAGGCGGACGUCCGGAAGUUCGGCAGCGGCGAUGCGAAGACGCUUCGCGAGCUCUACGGCGACGUGGUGGUCGAGAGGGAUUCGUCGCUCCACGUAGAGGGCGGCGUGCUGGAGAGGCACAAGGAGAUCGUGAGGAUCCAGCUCCUGAUGCGUGGCGACGACUGCAGGCUCCGCGAGCUCAGGAUCGACUCGCAGGCGCGCCCCGACGGCACUCUGAGGAAGCGGGACCAGAAGCUGGCCAUGGUCUUGAAGGUCCACGAGGGCCAGCGAUGGAAGGACGGCCUGCAGGAGUGCUUCGAGGCCAAGUUCGGGCUCGGCAAGGCCGACCAGAGCAAUUGUCUCUCCGUGGACUGGGACAGCUACAGGUACGCAGAGGAGGAGAAAGUCUCGCCGACCGUCCCCGGGAUCAAGACGAGGUACAGGGUGCACGACGUCACCGUGAACGUCCGGGACAAGGCCCGCCCCGAGCUGGCCAAGCUGGGGCUCCCGUGCGGCGACGACUUCUCCACGCUGAGAGCCGCCGGCGCCGACCUCGCCGGCUUCGCGCCCCGGGCCUUCGGCGAGCUGCACGACGAGGUCGUCCGGUCCUGCCAGGCGUCGCUGGAGGUUGUCGACGGCGAGCUGCUCCGCAAGGUCCGCAUCGUCAAGGUCUGGCUUCAUGCCGACAUCCUGGCGGCGGACCACGUGCUGUUGCUAGGCUCGAAGAUCCAGUGGGGCCAGACCGACGACUCUAUCAGGGGGCGCCCGCUGGCGAUGCGGACGCCGAGGGGCCAGACUUGGCAGAAGGCUGUCGAGACCAUGCUCCACAAGCGGCUUGGGAUGACGCCAGAGACGCAGCUGAGCUGCAUCGCCGUCGACCCCGAGUCCCACAAGCAGAGCGAGGAGCGAGGGCCUUCGCGGUCGUACCCGGGGGUUCAGACAGUGUACCAGAUCGACGAGGUGACCGCUCGCGUCGUCGUGAACGAGGUUGAUGCAGCGACCUUGCACCGCAUCGGCUUGCCCGAUGGCCAGAACUUCUCCUUCUCCAGGUGGGAGCCCGCCAAGGGGCCGGGCACGGGCGAUCAGACCAUCAUGCACUGGACGUGGCAGAGCACGAAGGACAUGUCCGCCCCGCGGGUGCUGCGCGCGCCGUCCAUGACGGACAAGGCCUCCCAGGCGUGGUGGGCGGAGAUGCGCGAGAAGCGCCGGCACCUCCUGGUCCCCGACAUGGGCACGGCGCUGGAGGUCCUGAUGAGGGGGCGGAAGAUGGACAUGAGGAGGGCGAGGCGGGCCGCCCGGGAGAUCUGCAACCCCGACUACACCUGCAAAGACUUCUAUGAGGACGUCACCGCCGCCUUCCCGGAGAUGAACCUGUACCUCGUGGGCGACAUGACCAGCGGGCGCGCCGGAGAGGACGAGUACCAGCGCACGCUGGGCGCGAUGUUCUGCUUCUUCUGGCUCAUGCGGCUGCACCUGGACGGGCCCUUCGAUUGCAGCCAGGCCGCGGCCGACGAGUGGCAGCGCCGCAGCGCCUUCCACCGGGACACCGAGUGGGCCUCGCUGGACCAGCUGCUCGUGAACGCGGGGCUCCUCGAGGAGUCGACGGGGACCAGCGACAUGGCGCGCAAGAGGAGCUUCCUGGCCCUGGCGUCCAAGAGGGCGAAGGGCAUCCGGCGGCACAGCGAGGACCGCACGCUGGCCAUGCUGGUGCUGACCGCCAUCCUCGAGGGAGUCAGCAAGAAGCAUGGGGGCUUCCGCGGCUACAAGGUUGGUGAGGUCAUCAACGACCACGACGCGGCCCUCGCCUACGUCCUCGAACACAAUCCCAGCAUUCUGCCCUCCUUCGCGGCCCUGCCCAAGGAGCAGCAAGAGAGCAUCAAGUUCACCCAGAGCAAGAUGGAGUACAACAUGGGAUGGCUCGUGCAGGCGGAGGCGCCGCCGGGGGCCCUGUUCCGGAAGUUCCGCCGCGUUGUGACGUCCGGCCAGGCCUCGCCGAGAGAUCUGGCCUUCUAUUUCACCCACUGGUUCACCGAUCUGGCGGGCGCGGAGCCGUUCCCGCAGGAGGGCUGCGAGAAGUUCGUCCUCAAGUUUCCGAAGGCCGUCCUGAACCAGUUCCUGCUUUCCUUCUCCAUUGUGCAGAACAUCAGCAUCGGCACCGAAUGUCGCGUGUACGAGGACUACCUGGUCUGGCGCUGGGACAGCCACAAGCCGUCCCUCGGCCCAGCGCCGCAGGGCAAGGGCGCCAUCGCCAAGCUGCGCCUGGUCACGAUGGCGCAGGGCGACAGCGCGGCCGUGCUGCAGGCGCUGGAGCGCCUGCCCGCGGAGGACCGGGAGGUCCUGAUCGACGAGCUGUCCAAUGUGGACAUCUGGAACCAGCACUGGAUGAAGGGCCCGGCGAUCCUCGUCUACUACGCCCCUGCGCUGAUGCAGAAGGCCGGCAAGGAAGACCCGGGCAGGGCGCUGGCGCUGCUGGCGGAGGUCUUCCGACAGGCGAGGGCGCUGUGGCCGCUGGAGGAGCGGGCCAGGAGCUGGUGGGUCUCCGUGCGCGUGGACCAGCUCAAGGAGCUCUCCCUCGAGGGCGUCGAGCAUCCGGGGGGCGGGAAGGUCUGGACGGUUGCGAAGCUGACUUCGCGAGAGGGGGCAGUGCAGCUGGUGUCGCAGUGCGAGACCAGCAAGGCUGAUUGGGCUGCUUCCCACAGGAUCAUGAACGUGCACCGCGCGGCCAUCGGGCAGUAG